AUGGAUCGAGACGAGUUCUUAAAUCGAAGUCGGCUCAUAGCCGAGCAAUGCGUCGUGGAGUGGGGUCGCCUGCAAGCAGAAGGACAGGCACAACAUGAGAUAGAAACGCAGAAUGAUAUACGAUGGGCGUAUGUCGCGCAAUUAACGAGGCUCGGGACAGAUUAUGCCAUGAGAAACUACGACACGGAGCAAACCCGCCAUCAGGGAGUUUUGGCAAACCUCACGGCCGGAGUGACACCCUCAACACCUCAGGGGGUGCGGGCUGCCAUCGAUGCCGAACAUACACUCCACAGCGACCGCAUCGUCGUUUUGCUAAAAGAUCACAAGAAAUUGACCGACUGGGUUCUGAGAAGCUCACGACUUACACGCAUGGACCAACUUGUUCAUCUGCGCGACAAUGUUCCUCCAAACGAGCAGGACGACUAUACCAACCGAUUUAUGCUUGGUCGCAUGAGAUUGGACACCGAUGUCAUCAGAAAGUUGACGGCUUUCUUCAAGAUAUUCCACAUGGGUGACCUGCGUCUGAGGAAUCGCCGGGGCUUUUUUACUCAAGUCCAGGAGGGUCUCGUGCAGCCAAAAUCUUCAAAGUGGCCAGGACUGGCGAUGCAGGUUGUGGAAGACGGCCUGCGGAUGGGAGGACCAGGUCUUGCUCGGGCAGCGUUUCGAGAUAUUCCAGCAGCCAAGAAUGCACCUCGAUUAAAAGUUGCAGACGAGCGCAUAGCCCCUAUGAGGAAUUCGUUGGCUGCGGCAGGUUUCGAGUUCGAGAAGUUUCUGGGCGUAGGAGGUCACGGCCUGGCGGCACUGUUCAAAUGCCUUGAUAGAUUUGGCCAGAUGCGCAAGGUCGUCGUCAAGAUGGACUUGUAUCCACCAUCGGCCACAGCUGACUACGGACUGGUUCGUGAAAAGAAACUUUUGGCAAAAAUGACUGGCCGGAUGCACAUCCUCCAGAGAGUUAGCCUUGAUCGCCUGAGGUCAAACAUGCUGUCCUCCGACCCUCGUACCAAAGCACUAGAUGAGAGCGAUGAUAUCCUGGUGCUCGAGUUUAUGGGGAAGGGGGACGUGGAUAAGCUCAUUUGCACGCUCGUCGAGCGCAAGUUGAACCUCAACUCGCAGAUCUUGUGGCAAAUUUUCAAGUGCUUGUUCAAGGGCUGCGUUGCCAUGGCGUGGCCGGACGAAAAUGCGCCGCCAUAUGAUGGUGCCGUCGUGAGUGAGACGUCUCGAGGCCUUGAAAACGACGCAGAUGAAUAUUCCGACUUCAACGAGCCGUCUUCUCGUGCAAUCGUUCACUUUGAUAUUGACCCAUGUAAUGUACUCAUUGGCGAUGUGGACCUCAACGGCGUUGAGCAUGAUACUCUGCCGGUCUUCAAGAUUGGCGAUUUUGGAGUGGCAGAAAUUGUGAACAGGGAUGAUGUUCAAAUAGUAUGGGACUAUAGACACCGCGGAAAGUACGAGACUUUGACACCGGAGCAAUUUUGCCGAGAAUGGGAUUACAUUUACGAAGCUCCUUACCAUGAGCGCCAACACGACCCGACGAAUACGCUAUAUUCCACAGCCGGGCGAUACAACAAGUAUCACAACAUUUACCAAAUUGCAGUGGUUAUGUGGUGUCUCAUUACCCAAGUCCGCUUGCCACAACCAAAACUGGAAACGUUUUACGACGCAGACGGCACAGCUAUCUACACAUAUGGCAAGGAGCUGAUGGGACCUCAGUAUGACCACGUCGACAAGGUCCUCCGAGAGGCUCUCUGUCAUUGUCUGGCCCACGAUCCAGACAUGCGCCCGAAUUUUGAGGCUCUGGAAAAUCUCAUCAACAAAAAAACAGACCCUAGGUCUUGGAGCCAGGAAAGUAGAGAUCGGACCGAGAAGCUUCGCAUUGAGCUGUUCACCAACCCCAGCCCGGCGUCGGUCCCAGAGCCGCAAGAGCCAUCUCCGGGCUCGAGUAACCGACAACAAUCGCCCAUGAGCAAUCUCAGACAGAUGCACCACGACGCCCGACAGCGACCCGCACCACCGCCUGUAGCUCGCCCCAUGCCGUCACGGAGGCCCCUCCCCAAUCCGCCGCACGCGCGAGGGCCUCCGCUGCGGCGGAUGAACGGGAGGAUCCUGGGCCGAGUGACGACGAGCGGCCAAAGACAGACGAGGAGGACGCCGCCGGUCAGGCGCGCCUACAACGCCGUGGGCCGCAUGUUUGUCGGCUCGAGCCAGCCCCGCCCGCCGACUCAGACGCGGUUCUUCGGGCUCAACUACGACGGCCAGAACGUGCAGGCGCCGUAUCGCAGGCCGUCUACGGCGUCGAGGGUCAGGGAGCGUUUGGCGGGGACCUGGGACAAGCUGUUGGACAGGUGCAGGGAUCAGUAUUAUCGAUGA